AAUCGGACAUGCAAUGUUUGAACACCAUUAAGCUCUGUUCAGACCGAGUCCGUCAGGGCCCGAUACUAGCUGUAAAGACUUCACAUUGCACAAGUCCCUCAUGUUAUCUUCUCUAGACAUCUCACAUACAACCGAAUGCAAACGAUGCCUGUCUUAGAGUCCUCGUGAAAUGAAGAAGACACGGGCUUAAUCCGCGAUAGAAGAUUGUACCGUUUACAAGGGGGCAGUUCAGAAGGAGUCAUGAGGAAGUGCAGUCCAUGGAUGUUUCUGCCCGUUAUGUUUUCUCUCUUCACAGCUGCUGGCCUGUGGGUCGUGUAUUUCAUUGCUGUGGAGGAUAAGAAAAUCACCCCCCUCAGUUUGGAGUACAAGAGGUCAGAAUCAAAAUCUCCUCCAUAUAUCAGUAUUGCAGGUAAUGCACCUCCUGCCAGCUGUGUGUUCAGUCAAGUCAUGAACAUGGCGGCUUUUGUAGGAUUUAUUCUCGGAGUGCUCCGAUAUCUGCAGCUGAAACCGAGGGUUCAAAAACCCUGGCUCAACAUCGGCAGUCUAGUGGCUUUGUCUCUCACCUGCUUCGGAAUGACCUUAGUUGGGAAUUUCCAGCUGUCAAAUUAUGAGGAACUGCAUAAUAUUGGCACAUCCAUGACCUUUGGCCUAGGCACGCUCUUCUGCUGGGUCCAGUCCUUCAUGACACUAAAGGUCAACUUGUAUAAUGAAGGAAAGCGAGCAGGCAUCCCCCGCUUCCUGUUGUCCGGGGCAGUCACUUCCUGCAUGCUGCUUUAUUUUGCUCUAAUGGCACAACGGCUGCACAUGCACGCUGCCCGCGCUCAGUGGGCCCUGGUCAUGUUUUUCCUGACUUACCUGGGCACCUUUGCCAUGGAGUUCCGCCAUUACCAUUUCGAGAUUGUGUGUAGUGACGACCAGGACCCUCCUCUUAGUCUGUCUGAAAGCUUCUCGGAGGUCUCAGAGUACCAAUCUGACCAGCUAUAGUCCUCUGUUCAGCACAGUGCUUCCAGUGUUCACAACUUAUCAGUUAUGCAUGUAUUACUGAAAUUAAUCUCUCUAGAAAGCUCUCUGGAUCAGUGUGUUCUUCUUUUUCUGAAUGUGUAGAUAGACUUUAAAGGUCUAUUUUUUAAAAAAAAAUUUUUUUCAAACAAACACAUGAAAUGCACAAACAUUUACUGUGAUGUGUUCUAUUUUAUGUGUGUCAAAUAAGUGAAGCAACAAGGACACUUUCAGUGUGAGAAGAUACAGAAUCACUUUUGGCAAGAUAAUCCUUCAAAGACGUUGACAGUUUAGAUUUAAACUAUGCCUUUUUUUAAUUAGUGUGAAGACUACAAUAAUCUUUACAAUUUGCAAUUAAAGGAACAGUUCAUCCAGAAAUGACUUUUGGGUGAACUAUUCCUUUAAUGUCAAAAAGAACUUAAAAGUGAGAUGGAAUCUGUUUUCAUGUACACAUGCUUUUUUUUUUUUUUUCAUAUUGAUAUUGCAAAUUGAGAACCUUAAGUAGCGUAUGGUGCAUUUUAUACUUGGAUCAAACAGCUUGAUUUCACAUAUUGUAAUACAUAUCUGGCAUUGGUCUUAAUUCUGUAUUCUAUUACUAAACAGACAUCCCAUGAGAGCGAUUUUACUGUUUUUGGGUGCAGGUGUAUCUAAAUGUUAUAUGUUAGACGUAUCCAUUUGGAAUAAAAUUUUACAACAACUUUUAAUAUUGAGUUUUACAAGACAUAUUAAUGCUUGACAAGCGGUACAGUGACAACAAAUCUGUGUCUAGGUGGUCGGGUAAAAUUACUUUUGUGCAAUACAACACUGCACUAAAAAGUACUGAGCCUCAUAUAGGACAGGCAGAAAAUGUAUUUUCUGAAAUAGUUCUACAUUCCCUCGCAGUAGCUACAGUUGAAGUCAAAAUUUGACAUACACCUUAGCCAAAUACAUUUAAACUCAGUUUUUCACAAUUCCUGGCAUUUAAUCGUAGAAAACAUUCCCUGUCUUAGGUCAGUUAGGAUCACUACUUUGUAAAAAGGAAAGGGGUAUAGUCAAACUAUUUGUCCGAUGUUGGAUUCCAAUAGAAUGGUCCCUGAAGGUUUCUGCAUUGUUCUGUCUUUUCUGAGCGCUGAAACAAAAACACUUAUUAAUUUGCACUUUAUCAAUUGACUCCGUUAUUCAUUUUAUCUGACUCCAAUUUAUAUUAAUCUGACUCCGAUUUAAGUUGACCUCUAAUUUAGAUUACAGCUCUAAUUAAUUUGUGAUCAUUCUUUUAAUUUGAUCUUUUUAAGAUAUUGAUUACUCUGAAUCGUCUUAAUUUUCAUUUGUCCUUUCGAUCAAUACUUGAAUGUUGCUUAGAGUCUCACGCCGGCCGUUAUUUCAAUUACGUGGACUCACGUCACAAGAUAGCCAGCUCAGUUCAUAGUCAGAAGUUGCAGGGUAAUCUAAAUAUCAUCUGAUUUGGCUUCUCUCAUAAUCAGAUGAUACCAUCGCUUAGACACUUACAACUUGUUAUGAUGGACA